UCUGCGCCGUCUUUCCCGUUUCGCUGUUUUACGCCACUCUCUAUGUCUGCAAAUCGUAAUAUAUAUAUAUAUGCAGGUCACAUUAUUGGAACAGCCGACAUUAACGAUAAGCACGAUAGAUCAGCCCCUUCGGAUUAUCACUGGAAGAUUUUAAAAUGCAGGAUGAUCAUAUUUUCAAGUUCAUCCCUUGUAGCAUGUCCAGACAAAAGGGACUUAAAACAAGUGCAUAUUAUAUUUAACAAGAAUGGGGACGAUUACGACAAAAUAAAUGCCAUGUUUUGCAAAUAUUUAUUGACUCAAGAUGGACCUAUACGAGAACCUACAAGUGAGCUAUUCGAAAUGUGCUUCGAGUAUACAAUGACAGCACGGUUAGCGCCCAUUUGGAAUGCUUUGGGGAGUGACUACCUAAUAAACAAUAGAAACUUUCUUACAUCAAAAGGGCCACAAGAGGGAGUGAAAUAUAAAAUUAAAACAAAAGGUGAAAUAACUACCAUAAGCUUGAAAGCUGUCAAAAUUAUUUUACAUCAAGUAAACGGCGAAGCAAAACUGGGAGAAUACGUACGGGUGUUACCAAGCUUAAAUAAAGCAAUUGUUGAAGAAUGUUUUGAUUCUCUUCCUACGUCGGGAAAUUUUAACUCGUAUAAGGAUUUGCGUCGUCAUUGGAAGAAUAUUCACGGAUAUCGAUUGCCAGAAAAUGACAGUUCUUAUUACUACUCGAUUCAGUUUUGGCGUGGUGAGCCCUUAACGUAUCCUCAAUAUUGUGUAACAAGAAAUUUUCCUACCGUCACACCUGUUUUGAAAUCGGCAGAACAAAUUAUUCUUUCAAGGUUCAUUAACUGUUUAAAGAGUAAAUUUUUUAAUAUGCUUGGCCGUCCAUUGUCAUUCGAACAAAACUAUAGUAUUAAUAAUGGAAACAAUGUUGGGGACGAUUUGCUCGAAACACAAAAUGUGAGUCUUUGCACUCCAACCCAAACACAUUAAGAAAAAUGAAACUAUGAAGUACGCACGUAGAUAUUCAUUGGAAAACAUUGUUAUUCUAAACCUAAAAGAAUACAUUUGGUUAAGGUUCUCACCUUAGGAUUACUACGAAUACCUACCUUACUUAAU